AGCGCGACGACAUUCGCCCAUCAGAAUAGAAAAAAUAAUUUUGUGAAAAAUCUUCUCUGUCGCUUGAACAAAAGAAGAAUUUUUUGUCCGUAUUUCCAUCUGCAAAUAAGAACAUAAAAAUCUAUUCAACAUGCAAGGAAUUGGUUGGGCCAGUUUAAAAAAGAAUCCAGCUCUUCUUCCACUUUACUUUUGUGUUGGUUGUGGAGCCCUUGGAGCAACUUUCUACAUCAUCCGUUUGGCAACCAGGAAUCCAGACGUAACAUGGAACCGCACCAGCAACCCUGAACCAUGGCAAGAGUACAGGAACAAGCAAUACAAGUUCUAUUCCCCAAUCAGGGAUUACAGCAAGACCGAAAGUCCUGCACCCAAAUACGAGUAGAUUAUGUUUUUUGAUUGUCCAAAUGAAAAAAAGUGAUCAUUUUCGCGAAAGGUUUAUUUUAAGGGAUAAGAGUGUAAAAUACUAAAAUAAAGUAGUCUGCUACUCAGAAAUUAA